AUGGAGCUUGGCGAGAUCGUUGUGACUAAACAUCCCAGUGAGAAGGAGAUGUACAAGAAGGAGAUGUCAAGAGCCCAGAAGCUGCUGAGGAGAAGUGGAAACUGGAUCCACCAUGGUCUGGGGUAUCUCACAGGGGAAAUGGAAGAAUAUGGAGAGUGGAUGAAAAACAGGCCCUUAAUGGUUCAGCUGGUGGACUGGAUCUUGCGAGGGACCUCCCAGGUGAUGUUUGUCAACAACCCUCUCAGCGGGCUGAUCAUUUUAGUGGGGCUAUUCAUCCAGAGCCCCUGGUGGAUGCUCACAGGCUGCACUGGAACCACUGUGUCCACCUUAACUGCACUGGCCCUCAGCCAGGACAGAUCAUCCAUUGCAUCUGGGCUGCAUGGCUACAACGGGAUCCUGGUGGGUCUGCUCAUGGCUGUCUACUCAGACAAAGGGGACUACUACUGGUGGCUUCUCCCUGCUGUGGCAGUGAUAGCCACAGCCUGCCCAGUCCUGUCCAGUGCUUUGGGAUCCAUCUUCAGCAAAUGGGACCUUCCUGUCUUCACUCUGCCCUUCAACAUUGCAGUGACCCUGUACCUGGCAGCCACAGGACACUACAACCCCUUCUUUCCCACAACCCUCAUCAAGCCCGUGGCUGCAGUCCCCAACAUCACCUGGUCUGACAUCAAUGUGCCAAUGCUCUUACAAUCCAUCCCAGUUGGUAUUGGCCAAGUGUAUGGUUGUGGAAACCCCUGGAGUGGAGGUAUUUUCCUUGUGGCCCUGCUCAUCUCCUCCCCACUGAUUUUUUUACAUGCUGCAAUUGGAUCAACCGUGGGGAUGUUUGCAGCCCUGAGCAUUGCAUCCCCAUUUGACAGCAUCUACCUUGGCUUACACAACUACAACUGUGCCUUGGCCUGCAUUGCCAUUGGGGGCAUGUUCUACGCCCUGACCUGGCAGACACAUUUGCUGUCCCUUGCCUGUGCAUUAUUUUGUGCUUACUCCGGAGCAGCUCUUGCUAAUGCCCUCUCUGUGCUCGGGCUGCCAGUGUGCACCUGGCCCUUCUGCCUCUCCGCGCUGCUCUUCCUGCUGAUCACCUCCGAAAACCCGGCCAUCUACAGAAUGCCCCUCUGCAAAGUCACCCACCCAGAAGCCAACAGGAUCUACUACCUGAGGAUGAAGAGAAGGGCCUCAGAGAGCAGGAGGGAAGAGCAGAAGAGGAAGGAGCAGAAACCCUUGAGCACUGGGGGUACCCCACUGUGCACCCCCAAGAGCCGCCACGCUCACUGA